AUGCGUGCUUUUGUGAUACUAUCCUGUUUGAGCGUAGCCUAUGGAGCUAGUUUAGGAUAUGACUAUUCACGAAAUACUGCCGUACAGAGCGGUCAUGACAACUUAAGUGGUCCCAUCUCACCAUACAACAAAGAAUUUUACACCUUUUCCGCACCUGAAGCUAGUUUUGAUGAUGGUGGCCUUAACCAACAACUUUCGAAUUCUCUCAAGAAAAAUCUACGCGUUAUAUUUGUAAAAGGACCAGAAAGUUCAGGAUUAGAAAAUGCCGCAUUACAAUUAGCUAAAUCUGCAACUGAUGAUCGUACUGCUAUUUAUGUAUUACAGAAACAAGCUGAUACCUCACAACUGGCACAGAAAUUGAAUUCUUUAAACAAUAAUAAUGCCAAUAGACCAGAGGUGCACUUCGUUAAGUACAGAACACCAGCAGAUGCAGCUAAUGCACAACGUACCAUUCAAGCGCAAUAUGACAACUUGGGCGGCAGAACAAGCAGCCAUAAUGGAGGCGUUGCACCUGUAUUGGAUUUCUCAUCAAAACCACAAAAUGUUGGAGUAGGUAGCGUUUCAAACUUUGGUGGCUUAUCAGUACCAUCGGGCACAUAUUUACCUCCACACAAACGCAUCUAAACUUCUUCUCAUUUAGUGUAUGAGUGCAC